UACUUUUUCCUAAAACUUGCGUAUUAAAAUCCUCAAAUACCAAAAACCUCAAACCCCACUUAUCAUUCAUCACACGCUAUAAGUUAAUUCUGUAUUUUCGAUAUACACUAAUUUUUAUGACCACUUCCUUGGGGAAAAACUGCGCUCUGCUCCUGAUUAUAUCUCGAUUUGAUCGUUCGACACAUUCGAUCGUUGCACACACAUUAGGCGCUGCAAUUCAUGGAUUCGCAUGGCAGUUUCUCAUGACAAUUUUUGGGUCUAACCAAGCGUCUGUUUCGGUAUUGCGUAAGACGACCAGUUUGCAGCAGGUUGGGAGCUCUCCUUAAUCCGCAAACAAUAUUAAGGUCUAAAUGAGGUCUCACACUUACCCGUACAGCAACUGUUGACCUUCGUACAUGAUCUUACCAAAGACAGAAAGGUAUUCGCAGAAGCAAAGCUAAAUAUCACUUAAGGUGUAAGGUGUAGGCGGUGAUCCCACAGAUCCACCUGCUCCACGAUCAUUAGUCCGCUUUGAUUUCCUCAUUAGUCGCUCUCAAUUAUGUGCCAAAACGAGACGACUCUUUGUCCACUGGUGGAGGAUGAGGGAUCAAAUGAUCGGGACUGCGGGUUGCGGGAGGAUCGACGACGACUGCUUUCCCAAAACAGAAGUGGCUGGAGAAAACCCGUUGAUAGCUUUGGACGUAAUAGGAAAGCGAGCUUUGAGCUAAUGCAAUUGCCUGGCGAUGUCGGUUUGUUUGUGUCCCGGUGUCAAAGACAUUAGGUAUCCAGAGCCGAGGAGCUGGCUACAGGAAACCCAAACCAAACCAAACCGAAACAACUCCUUCCGCCUGGCUAUAUAAAAAGCAUUGUUGGCAUCUCGGACCGGCAGUAAGAAAAUCGAAUUGACCGCGUUACCGUCUCCGCCGCAGUCGGUCGUCAUCGAUCCUCAUCGCUCAUAUCGCCAUCAUCACGUCACGUUCUUCGUUAAACGAUCGGAUCAAUUGAUUGAUCGAUCGCAUGUGCGGAGGAUUAAAGCAAUGAGAAACUCGACAGAAAACAAAAAUUUGAAUAUUCCACAGAUUACCCGCAUUCAUAUGGCCGCCUUGGGCCUGCUGCUGCUGGUGGGGGUGCACGGGACCACGAUAAUCAGCAUCGAGUACCCGGAAAACCCCGCGGAAGUGAUUGUGGAGCCGCAACCAGCAAAGCGGGAUCUCAGCCUAAGCUACGCUGCCACUAAUAUCGACUCCAAGGAGGGGACCCGCGUGAAGACCAUAACGGUGAUCAAGAAUGUGGGCGGCAUUUCGGGGCCUGAAGAAGCUGCGGCGCUGGGAGCACCCGCCAGCAGCCACAAGCAGCUGCAGCCGAAGCUGGCCAUCGAUCCAACUCUGCACAAGAGCGAGGAGUGGGCCACUGCCUUCCGGGAUAACUUUGACUCCUAUGGAGCACUGCCCGAUGUGCCCGACAUCGAUGACCUAUUCGAGUUUGUGAAUCGCAAGAAACCAGAGGUGGAGGUUAAAAAACAGGAGGCGGUGCCCAGUCAAAAGGAGGAGAAGGUGCCGAAGGAGUUAGCAAAGCCGGCGGAGGAGGAAACCACCACCAAGAGCGAGGUAGGAGGGAUAAACCCCACUGGCAACAUCGAUAGCGAUGAGGUUGUGGUCGAGAAGAUCAAGGGCGAUGCCGAGCUGUUGCCUCACAUCAAGCAGGCCAAUAUCCUGCGCCUCCAGGCGGCCCAGGCUCGAUCCGGCAUCCGCACAAAGGAAUCCCUGAUCGCGGUCAACUACUCCACGCCCAUGCACCAGGUGAGCCAGUACUUCGACAACUAUGUCCAGGCGAUGCCCAAUGGCUACGAUUACUCCAAGCCCUGCGGCUUGCAGCCAGGUAACAGUAUCCAGGUGACCACGCCCUCGGGCCGCACCUACGACAUCCCACAGAGCAACAGCAGUGGCACUGGCGGAGGCAAUCAUCCGUACCUGGCUCCAGCGCUCACGAAGAAGACGCAGAUUCCGCCGAUAACGGUGCAGCCUCCAAUUCAGCAGGCGAGUCCUCCCAAUUACUCUUACGUGAAUUCGAUAGUGCCGCCCAUAGUGAAACAGCAGCCACAGGACAAUGUGAAUCCUCCGCAGACGCAGCAGCAGCCACAGCCACAGCAACCUCCUCCUCCGACUGGAGGCUUCCUGCCGCCUCUGGGAUCGGGUGCGGGCGGAAUAUCCACCAGCCAGCGUCCCUAUGUCGCGCCCAGACUGCGCAACAAUGGCCUGGGCAUCAGCCGUGCCCCAAGCAGCACUCCGGGACCGAUUCCCGUACAAUCCGGACCCGGCCUCGUGGCAAAUCAACCGCAGCCCCCCAACUACCGCACCAGCAUCUUUGGCGGCGGCCUAAAUCGUCCCAACACGCUGCGAUCGCGUGGCCUUAAGUAUUGAGCACUUAACAAGACAUGCGGUCAAAAUAAUAGUUCUUAGAGGAAGAUUACAAUCCAAAUUGUCAAUAAAAAAUAAGCAUUACUGUGUCAUU